CCGCAUUGUUUUGUUGUUUACUGUGCAAGAGCGUCGCAGAUUGCGUGUCUAGGUGCUUUCUCGUUUGCUUGUUUGAGCUUCUGUUUGCCUACGCCGCCGCCCUUCUGUCAUCACAUCGAUAUCAAAACAAGCCUUGUGUUUUCUAUCAACUCCUCAGUUCACCAAUUCAACCAUCUCUACAGCGUUGAAUCUUACGAACCCCUGAGCGCAUCAUGGCCUGCAACGAGAACAACCCUCCUAGCGGCGCCGGCACCAGCGACGAUGACCAAAAGGUUUCCACCAAGAACGACCCUUUUGCAAAGUGUUUCAGCAAGGCCUUCCCCAACAUCUCGAUACAACCUAGGACAGUCAAAUCCGCCCCUGUUCCCCAGCAGGCCGAGCAGGAUUCCAAGGUCUCGUCUCUUUGCCCGCAAGACGUACCCCUUCCACCACCAGAUGAGACGGAGCGCCUCCUUGUCGCCCCUGAGCACGUCGAGACCGCCGAUCAACUCAAUGUCGAUCAAGAUGAAGUCAGCCCCGAUGAUGAAGACUACGACUUCAAUGACAGCGACAUGGAGUCGUCUGAAGAUGAAGACAUCCCGCUUGAAGAGGACCCCUUCUUCGGCGACCCCACAGCUCAGGCUCCAGGCGUGACUGCGUUGCAACUCGAAGAGAUCAGAAAAGCCUUGGAAGAUGCUAAGGAGAUCGACGACGAAAUGCCUGCCCUGGAAGACGAUAACAAGACUUCACCAGUAGAUGCCAUCUUCAGCGAGCAGAACACCAACCCUAAGACCAUUGUCGUCAAUGUCGGCUCCUCCUUUUCGAAAUGGAUCUAUCUCGUUCUCGAGCCUAAUGAGCCGUUGUAUGAGAUGAAGCUGAAGUUCAUUCAGGCUGCGGACCUGGGUUUCGAGGAACUCGCCAGGCUUGAAUUUACCUUUGCUGGACGUGUCAUUGGAGACGAUGAUACUGUUGAACAGCUCGGAAUUCAACAGGACUCGAGCAUCUACUGUCAACUGUCCGAACUGCCCGAUGGACGCGAGAACACCGAGCACCCCAACAGCGUACCUGUGGCCAAUGCGACCAACACACGCAGCAAUACCGAGACUGUGAUCGAUCCGGCCAACAGAGGUAGCAUCUUCAGACUCAGACGCAGUAGUAACGACGACUCCGAACCGCACGAUUGA